GUUCUGGACAAAGCGGCAACGGAAAAAUACGGGUCGGCGCGAUAGUUCUCGUUUUACAAAUGGCUAUAAUAUAAGAAAAAUAUAAUUGAAUACAACUGUCGUGUGUUCAGUGAACUCCUAAACAUGACAACUGAAGAGGAAAGGGGCGUAGUGCGUGUCAAAGUCAAGAAGUGGGAGGGGAUGCUGCCAGUGGAGCUUCGCUCGUUUGCUGUGGAUCCUCAGAUAACAUCACUAGAGGUGCUACAGCACAUCCUCAUCCGAGCCUUUGAGUUAAAUGGCAAACGCAACUUUGGGAUAAGUUACCUGUCCCAGGACCGUGGAGGUGUGGAAGUGUAUAUCUCUCUCCUUUCUGACUGGGAUUUAGAAGCUGCUUUUGUCAGUGCAGCUAAACCUUAUCUACAGCUCAAGAUGGACAUUAAUCUCUCCGAAGACAGUCCCGUUAUGGAAGACUGGGACAUAAUAAGCCCCAAAGAUGUGAUUGGUUCUGACCAGCUUCCUGGGGAUAGGAGGUCCGUGGCUGCUGCCGCCCUUCCCUUCACCCAGUCCCUACUCUCCCAGAUGAUGGGUCGAACGCUGUCUAGAGUACAGCAGGCCUUGAGCUGGUCGUAUGGGGAGGAGGUGAAGCCUUUCAAGCCCCCUCUGAGCGAUGCCGAGUUCCACAGUUACCUCAACGGCCAGGGCCAGCUGUCCCGGCCAGAGGAACUGAGGCUACGUAUCUAUCAUGGUGGGGUGGAGCCCUCUCUACGUAAGGUUGUCUGGCGAUACCUCCUGAACGUGUACCCCGAUGGGCUGACCGGUCAGGAGAGAAUGGACUACAUGAAGAGCAAGACUAGGGAGUAUGACCAACUGAAGGGGGAGUGGUCAGCGAGGGCCAGUCCAGAGGACCUGGAGUUCAUCAGGGGCAAUGUACUGAAGGACGUCCUGAGGACCGACCGGGCCCAUCCCUAUUACGCAGGCUCCGAGGACAGCCCCCACCUCACUGCUCUCACCGACCUGCUCACCACCUUUGCCAUUACACAUCCACAGGUAUCGUACUGCCAAGGCAUGAGUGAUAUUGCUUCUCCGAUACUUGCCGUCAUGGACAAUGAGGCACAUGCAUUCAUCUGUUUCUGUGGCAUCAUGAAACGCCUAGAGGGCAACUUCCGUCCGGAUGGCCAUUUCAUGUCCGUCAAGUUCCAGCAUCUGAAGCUUCUACUGCAGUACUCAGACCCCGAGUUCUACUGUUAUUUGGUGUCCCGCGGAGCUGAUGACCUGUUCUUCUGUUACCGCUGGCUGCUCUUGGAACUCAAACGGGAGUUUGCCUUCGACGAUGCCCUGAGGAUGCUGGAGGUCACCUGGAGCUCCCUGCCCCCUGACCCUCCCGAAACAGAAGUGGAGCUUCUUGGGCCGCCGCUAGAAACAGACCAAACCAUAGUGACAUGUGAGAGUGGUGUUGAAAAGAGGCCCGCCAUUACAGGGGAUGCUGGAAAUGAAGGGGAGCUGAAAGAGAAGCAGCGGAGAAGACACAUGUUGAGGCCCUCAAGAGAGGAGGCAGAUGGGGGGAGAAAGAUCAACAUGGAGGAAGGAGAGAGGGAGGACAGAAUAGCCAGAAGAGAGGGUGAGGGGAACUUUGACAUGCCUUACGUGGGAAAGGAGAAGGCUCACAACAACGUGCCUGUUCCUUCCUUCGAGAAACAGACCAGCUUUGGCGAGUUCAAGUACUACAGUGCACGGAACAAAGACAGCUUUGAUUUCGAGGAGAGAGACCCACCAGUGGGUCCUGUUGAGAUGGAAGCCGCCUCACACCCAGGGGAGAGGGCGCCUCUUAUAAAGGACAUUGACAAGUCUUCCAGCCCAGAUACAGAGGAGAGGAGCUCCCCAAAUGGACAAAUAGCCUCUCCGGUCUCCUCGUUUCCUCCUGGUCUGCCAAACUGGAAAAACAUUUCCUCUCUGUCUCCAGGCUCCACUCCCUCCCCCUCAAGUUGGAGAGUUGCCUCCCCGGACACCCCGUCACCAAAGUUCACCUCUCCCAUUUUACCCAACAGAAGGAUGGCGGUGCCGAAUGGAACUGGAGCCAACUCACCCGCUACCCCCACAGGGAGGUCCUUAGUUUCCUCUCCGCUGUUGUCUCGAGCGUUGCUCUCCUCGCCAAUUUUGUCCUUUGGGAGAGCUCUACCUUCGCUGCCCGUCGGACCGGUGAACAAGUCCUUUUCUAGUAACCUUCAAUCUCCUUGCAGCAGAGCUUUCAGCACUGCGCCCCACACUCCAAAUUCAACCAAACCAGAGAAUACCACCAUCAAACCUUGUUCCCUGCCACCUCCUCAAGAGUUUGGCAAAGGAAAUCCUUUCAUGUUGUUCCUGUGCCUGUCGAUCCUGCUGGAGCAUCGAGACCACAUUAUAACUAACGGCUUUGAUUACAACGAGCUGGCUAUGCACUUUGACCGCCUUGUUCGUAGACACAAUCUGGGCAGGGUGCUGCAGCGCGCCAAGGCCUUGUUUGCGGACUACCUGCAGAGUGAGGUAUGGGACUCGGAGGAAGGGGAUGAGGUCAGCUCGGAUUCGCCCACCACAGUCACUGCUGCUCUGUAUUCCCCGCCCCCCUCUGCCACCAGGCUUCUUUUUACCCCUUUGUCAUCCCCACAACCAUCCUCCCCAAACUCCACCUAUAACCUGGCUGACACCAUACCUUCCCCUUCACCUAACUCCCUCUCUCCAUCCUCUUGACUUCUGUCACUAUAUCCCCAACACACUUGCAUUACACAGAUUUGAAAUGUUGUGUAUUUUUUAUUUAUUUCACCUUUAUUUAACCAGGUAGGCCAGUUGAGAACAAGUUUUCAUUUACACCUGCAACCUGGCCAAGAUCAAGCAAAGCAGUGCGACACAAACAACAGAGUUACACGUGGAAUAAACAAACGUACAGUCAAUAACACAGUAGAAAAGUCUAUAUACAGUGUGUGCAAAUGAAGUAAGAUUAGGGAGGUAAGGCAAUAAUUAGGCCAUAGUGGUGAAAUAAUUACAAUUCAGCAAUUAAACACUGGAGUGAUAGAUGAUGAUAGAAGAUGAAUGUGCAAGUAGAGAUACUGGGGAUCAAAGGAGCAAAAAAGAAAUUAACAAUAUUGGGAUUAGGUAGUUGGGUGGGCUAUUUACAGAUGGGCUGUGUAUAGGUGCAAUGAUCUGUACGCUGCUCUGACAGCUGAUGCUUUAAGUCAGUGAGGGAGAUAUGACUCCAGCUUCAGUGAUUUUUGCAAUUCGUUCCAGUCAUUGGCAGCAGAGAACUGGAAGGAAAGCCGGCCAAAGGUGGUGUUGGCUUUGGGAUGACCAGUGAGAUAUACCUGCUGGAGCGCGUGCUACGGGUGGGUGUUAUUAUGGU